AAUUAUGUUCGAUUAAAUUUGUAUAACUUGGCCAUUUUCGGCAAUUAACUUAGCUAAGUAGACGGUGGCAAGCUCGCCAUCUAGCUAACGAACUUCUGUGUUAGCGUCUACUUGCCGAGGACAAGCUGCUUCCGCCCUGGUUAACGUUAGCUUUGCAGCUAAUGGGUGGUAACAAGCUAGAAUAACGUUAAGGCAUGGCUGCAAUCAGGAAGAAGCUGGUGAUUGUUGGGGAUGGUGCUUGUGGCAAGACCUGCCUGCUGAUUGUCUUCAGUAAAGACCAGUUCCCCGAGGUCUAUGUGCCCACGGUCUUUGAAAACUACGUGGCCGACAUUGAGGUUGACUGCAAACAGGUGGAGCUAGCAUUGUGGGACACAGCGGGUCAAGAAGAUUAUGACAGGCUCCGCCCCCUCUCAUACCCAGACACUGAUGUCAUCCUCAUGUGCUUCUCCAUUGACAGCCCUGACAGCUUGGAAAACAUCCCAGAGAAGUGGACUCCUGAGGUCAAGCACUUCUGCCCCAAUGUUCCCAUCAUCCUUGUGGGCAACAAGAAGGACUUGCGUAAUGAUGAACACACACGACGUGAGCUUGCCAAAAUGAAACAGGAGCCAGUGAAGCCGGAGGAGGGGCGUGACAUGGCUAACCGUAUCAGCGCUUUUGGCUACAUGGAGUGCUCUGCGAAGUCGAAGGAUGGUGUGAGGGAAGUUUUCGAGCUGGCUACCAGAGCAGCUCUGCAGGCAAAGAGGGGAAAGAAGAGCAACAAAUGCCUUCUUUUGUAACAGCGUGAGGACUGGAAGCAGGGCCUGGUGUCCUGUUAAGGGGAUGGGUGUCAGGAGAACAGCCUGUAAACUCCAGUGGGCCUCCCCAUUCAAGGACUGACUAAUGGGGCGUGGGCUUCUUUUUUUAUCCCUUUUUUCCUUUCUUUUUUUUUUUUUUUAGUCAUGGAAACAUUUUGGUAUUUAAAACGGGAAGCGAAAUGGAGAACAGACAGUUUUUUUACGUAACCUGUGAGUAGCUCUCACCUCUCCCGCUUGCCUCCCCAUAUGCUGUCAUGUGCCCUGCUGAGGUGGGGAACGGGUGUGCCCUGUGCCACUGCUUAGCCUUUCAGUCUUGUGCACGUGUGCAGGAUUUGAACAGUCUGUUGCCUAACUGCUUAACUUGUAGUUCCUGUAUAAAUAAUUUUUAAGUAUUUUGAAAAAAUAAAGGGGUUGAAACUAAAUUGACGGGAAAACAUGUUGUAUACAAGAAAUAUGUUUAUAUAAAUAUUAAAGUUUGAAUACAUGCAUAUGAACACAUAGGGGCUUAACUGGAAACUGUAUUCAUGAAAAAAUAGACCUGGUAACUUUGUCUAAUAAAUACAUUUAUAUAACAAGGUUUUCCAGUUGGAGUGUAAUGGGGAAAUUAAGGAAUUGCUCAAGUGUUUAAAUUAGUAUAUCAAGAUUGGAGGGGUACGGCCAUCUGUCUUCUCGUAGAUUUCACUCCUGUCGCCCCUGUGUCUAACUGAUGCGCAAAUGCAUAUGUGCAUUUUCAACAAGAGACAGGCUUACAAAGUCUCAGCUUAACAGGGAUCAAAGCAGUAUUUGCCAUUUGUCAGGAGUUUUUGGACCUACCCCCUCAUCCAUCCAGAGGUUUAUACUAGCUGUUCUACUUUGACAGCUACACAAAAUGGUAUAUCAUGUUCUGUGCAUGCAAUGCAUUAAACUGUUUUGAAGUACCUACA